CACCUUAUGUACACCCAAGCAGCUCACUCACAGCCUUUAACUAUAAGAAAUCUUGCCUGUCACAAUAAAGUAUAUCCACCAAUGAGAUUACAGCAUACAAACCAACUAAAACUUAAUGCUGACUGGCUGUCAUAUCUGAUUACACAAUGUGUCCACCCAACAAUGAUUUCUACUUCAUUUUAUUACUGAAAUGUAAAUACUGUUUGUGAAAAGAGGUAUGGUAACACCCUAGCUCUUAUAUACAAAGUGAGAUAACAAUUGCUCAUUCUUCAAACAUUUAUAAAAAGAAGAUGUGGAGAGAAAGACUGAAAUGUCCUCAAAUGAAAAUCAACACAAAUGAACAAACUGCUGUUUCAGAUUUGUAUGAACCUUUGAUGACAUCUAGAAAUGCUUCGCCGAAAGGCCCUGGGCUUCAGAGUGAUCUUAUUUUUGAGGAAAUUGGGCGCCGCAUCAAAGGUGUUGGCAGUCAACUUGUGAAAAAGGUGAAUGCUGUCUUUCAGUGGGACAUCAUGAAUGGUGGAAAGAUUGUGGCCCAGUGGACCCUGGAUUUGAAGUCUGGUUCCGGUCAAAUCUAUCCAGGAGCAUCUCACGAGCCUGCCAACACAGUUUUUAUUCUUUCUGAACAUGAUUUCAUGGAGCUUGCUUUGGGCAAAAUAAAGCCCCAGAAGGCUUUUCUGAUUGGGAAAGUGAAGGUGAAGGGCAAUAUUCUACUCGGUCAGAAACUCGAGAUGAUUCUCAAAGACUAUGCAAAGAUUUGA